UUGUUUGCAGUAUGAUCAUUACCAACUUGUCAUUACCAUGUGAAAAUAGCAGAAUCACAACUGUAAAAAGCAGACGAGAAUACACAUUCUGGAAGAUGGGUGAAGUUGAUGCAGGCACAAUAAAGGACAAACUAACCAGUGGACUGAAGGCUACACAUGUGGAGGUGAAGGACACUUCAGGUGGGUGUGGUCAGAGCUACGAGGUGGUGGUGGUGUCUAGAGAAUUCGAGGGGAAGCCCCUCCUACAGAAGCACAGACUAGUCAACAGUUGCCUGGUCGAGGAACUCAAGAUCAUUCAUGCGUUCAGUCAAAAGACAUACACUCCAGAACAAUGGGACAAAUUGAACACUUAGGAAGACAUUUGGACAUUUGCAUUUUCAAUCUUGUGAAUAUUAAUUAAUUAUCACUGAA